GUUACCAGCUGCUGGCCCAUUCCAAUCCUUGUCGGAGUGGAAACACGGGGGCCGACAGUCCUCUUUUUUUCUCCCUUCCCGUUUACCUCGUUGUGCUUUCUUUUAUUUCACCCCGCUUUACUCUCUUUCUCUCUUUUCCUCGGCAGACAACUUUUCCUUUUCUCUCCCCUCCUUUCCGCUCCGUUUUGAAGGUUUUAAAGCCCCGUCCAUACGCUCCAGUUAUUUAUUUAUUUAUUUAUUCUCUCUCUCUCUCUUCUUUUUUUUAAAUGCAAACGAAAUAGGCAGGUAUGUUUUUUUAGAUGUACCACAAAUGAGAAGACGCAAAAGAUGGAACUGCACAUUUUAGAGCACAGUUUAAAAGUAGCAAGUAUAGCCAAGGAGGGCAUCCAGAUUUGCACUCACGGAUUAAUCAAACUAGCCUUUCUGCCCUCCAAAACGAGAUGCAAGUUCUUUAGUUUAACUGAAACGCCAGAGGAUUACACCAUCAUCGUGGAUGAAGAUGGCUUUAAAGAGCUGCCAGAGUCUGAAUAUCUCAGUGUGGCCGACGCAACGUGGUUGGCUCUCAAUGUGGUGUCUGGGGGAGGUAGCGCUACCAGCUCUCAACCAAUCGGAGUAACCAAAAUCGCUAAAUCAGUCAUCGCUCCAUUGGCAGACCAUAAUAUCUCUGUGUUCAUGCUGUCAACCUAUCAGACGGAUUUUAUAUUGGUUCGAGAGCGAGAUCUGCCUAUGGUCAUGCACACGCUGUCUUCAGAAUUCACUCUGCUAAGGGUCGUCAAUGGAGAAGCGGUCGCCGCCAAUAGCACCGGAGUCACCAAUGGUUUCGUCAAGCCUAAACUGGUUCCUCGACCAAUCAUUCACCCUCUCUCCAGCCCCAGUAACAUGUUCUGCGUUACCAGCCUGGACCCCGACACGCUGCCCUCGGUGGCCACGCUGCUCAUGGACGUCAUGUUCUACUCGGGCGGAGCAAAAGAGGCCGCAGGGCAGAGUGAGGAUUCCGGACACAUCCGCUUCUUCUCCUUCUCGCUGAUCGAGGGCUACAUCUCGCUAGUUAUGGAUGAGCAGACAACCCGGAGGUUUCCAAACAACGUCCUCUUCACCAGCGCAUCAGGAGAGCUUUGGAAAAUGGUCCGCAUCGGAGGACAACCAUUAGGGUUCGAUGAAUGUGGCAUUGUGGCUCAGAUAUCUGAACCGCUGGCGACCGCUGACAUUCCAGCCUAUUAUAUCAGUACCUUCAAGUUUGAUCACGCUCUGGUUCCUGAGGAAAACAUCCAGAGCGUGAUCGGAGCCUUGAGGACCAACGAGAGCACAGGACAGUGAAAAAGCAUUCACGUCCCAGAAAAACAUUUAGGUUUCUAAUGUCAAAAUUUCUUAAAGUGCCAAGAGCUUACCUGAGGACUGCUUCUGGGGGGUGGUGAAGGGAGAUGGAUCUGAAGGGGCGGGCUUUCUAGGCUUGCAGUCAGUAUUGAGCAACAUCACUUCCUGUCCAUUUCCUGCAAACAAACGAAAAUAUCCCGAAUCCACAGAGGGUGUGAAUCCAGUGUUUGUUCUCUUCUUUCUUCUGCUCAUCCACUCCUCCUCUGCAGCAGCACAUCAUUUUAUCAUGCAGGGCAACAGGGCCUGGACUUGACUAACCGUGAUGUAUUAGCGGCAGGUGCUCCUCCUAGAGGACGCAGAAUGUACUCCAAUGUUUCCCCCUCCUCACCCCCUCUCUUUUCCUUGCAGUGCCAAGACAUGGAGCAUAAACAGACUGCUUGUCUAAAACGGGAUGUUUUUUGAGAUGUGAUUUGAUGGUUCAUGGGUUGUUUUUAGAAAUUGUUUAGUCAUAAGAUCAGCCUCUGAACGAAGCUUGUCAUGCUCAUUUGGAAAGUUUCCCUCCUAUUUUUUUGUUUCGUCUUACCUCAAUCCUAUAUUCACUCUUCAAUGCCAAGUGGUCAUGAAUUAGUUGUUUUGGCCUUCAAAGUACAAUCAAUGUUUUAGAUAUUUUCAUUUCCGUUCACUUCAGACCAACUUGGCUGUGAUUGUGCGCUGAGGAUUCAGGUGAGGUGAAACUAUCCUACACUUUGUUCAGGUUGUAGUCCACGGAUCGUGCAGUUUACUGUAUCAUGUUUUUAAACGCUCAUUGUUUUGUUUUUUUAUUUCACCACUAUUUGCUCUUUGAGUAUUUGGUGAAGCUGUCUCGGAGGAGACCGUCGGGGGAAUUGAGUUGGUUUGUUGAAUGUUAGAGACUGGCGUCAGUUUAGGCCUUCAAGCUCCCCCUCGUCUGCACUUUAUUUAAGGUCUAUCCUACAGAUCUUACUCUUCUGAUGUGAAUACCGGGGAUGAGUAUCGUCCUCUUUGAAGGACAGGACACUUGUUGCUUUUUACACAGGAAUGGGUGUCUUAUCAUUUAUUUUUUUUCCACAGGCUUUUUUUUUUUCUGUCAGCUCUGAAGCAUAUAUUUAUCAGUGUUAAGAAAGGGGUGAUGUAUUUGUUCUGACAAUUAAAGAGGUGAAAUGAUGUAUCUAUUUUUUUCUGCUUAGUUUGUGUUUAGGUUUGAGUUUUAGUCUUUGUUAUUUCCACUGUUGAACUGUUUUCUGCAAUGUACAAUGGGGGUUUACACCAUGUGACUGCUAGAACAUGUGCCAAUUGCAAAUUCAUGAAGACAUUUAGUGAUUUUAUAAAUGAUUUCUGACUGCAUAUGGAAGUGACUGAUUUGAAGAAUUUGUUUCAUUAAGCUGAGUGAUUUACGAGUUCGAGCAGUCCAUUUUGGACUGCGUAUCUGCAGCAGAACAUGUUCUGUCAGACAGAGCUGUUGAUGUUGAAAGUACUAAAAAAUCGUACCGAGACCUGCUUGAAGAGGUGCUCUCGGUACGCUUUCAAACGACCCUGGAGUGGUUCGUUUAUGGUAAAUGUGAUCCAUACUAAAACAGACCCAACCACAAAAAGUACUGUGCCUUGUGGACUAAUCCAGCUGCUGUAGUCUGAUGUGCUGUGCAUUCUGGGAUAUGGAGGAAAAAUAUUUGUUGACAGCGCUUUAUCAACAGAAAGAGAGAGAGGGAAAACAUUACCUGAUGGAUCGGUGGUAAUACUUCUGCAAGAUGACCAUGUCACAGUUUAGCUAAAAUUCACGCCUCCUGAAGUGACGUGCGAUGCAAAACAUUGUUUUCCAGCCCUCAGCUUUGCUUCCUUCUCGAAAUGUAUAGUCUGUCUAAAGUGAU